AAUUCGUAUUACCCCUAAACACGAAAUGGGUUUAAUGAUAAGGGCCGCUAGAGAGACCCGAUUUAAAGUUCUACUGAAAGAGUCUAAAAUCUCAGUUCCAAACUAGCAGUUGCCGGAGAAGGUUGUGCUGGCCAAAUAUAAAAACUAACAUCAUUAUGUCCGACAGCGAUGAGAUCGUGAAUCCCAAUGAGCAUCUGAUCAUUCCCGAUUGGAUCAAUGAAAAGUAUUUCGAAGGUGUACUGGCCAAAGACGAACCCGACCAUGUCAAAGUCUUGAAGUUCACCGUAGUGGCGGCGAUUCCGCCUGGCGAGAAUUUCACUUCGACUAUGCUGAGGGUUUAUAUCAAACUGGAAAUGAAAGAUGGAAGCGUCAAGACCAAAACUUACAUUUUCAAAACAAUGCUGCCCGAGGAGCGAGGAGGCAGCGACAUCACGGAGUUCGGUCUCUUUCCCAAGGAGGCCAUGAUGUACAGGACAUACCUUCCUGCAUUCGAGGCCCUCUACAAGGAUGUCGGCUGGGACAUUCAGCUAACGCCCAAGUGCCUGCACACCGAGGAGCGCGAAGGAGACAUCCACUUCAUCUUCGAGGACCUGUGCGUACAGGGUUACAAGAAUAUGGAGCGCACGAAAGGUCUGGACAUGGAGCACAUGACCAAGUGCCUGCACAAACUGGCCGAGUACCAUGCGGCCAGUGCGGUUUACGAGGAGCGCCAUGGUGCCUAUCCCAGUGAAUUCAGUGAGGGAUUCGUUAAGAAGGAGGUGAAGAAAUUCCACGUUGAUGGGUUCCUGCUGAAGGAGAAGGCCUACAAGAAGGCAAUGCUCUCGUGGGGCUUGAAAGACGUCGAAAAAUAUAUAAAGGCAUUUCCCACUGUUGACCAAUAUUGGGCGCAAUGCCUGAGUACUUUGGACUUGAAUCCCGAUGAGUUCCAUGUACUUAACCACGGCGACUUUUGGUCGAGCAAUCUAAUGAGCAGAUAUCUGCCGGACGGAACUCUCGAGAAGCUGCUUCUAAUCGACUUCCAGAUUGUCAUGUGGGGCAGUCCGGCAGUGGAUCUGCUAUUCUUUCUCACCCUCUCGCCCAACAACGAGUUGCGCAUCAAGGAGUUUGAUCACUUCGUAAGGAUAUACUGGGAACGCCUCAUCGAGUGCUUAAAGGUCUUGAAACUGAAGAAGCCCUUGCCAAAACUCCGUGAUCUUCAAAACUCCAUGAACAACAAGAACCAUUCGUUUUACGCUUUCUUCAGCAUCACAAACCACCUGCCCAUUAUCGUUUUCCCCACCGACAAGGAUAGCAACAUUCACAACAUGUCCGCCCAAACGGAGGAAGGCGAAAACUUUAGACUACGUUUGCUCUCAAAUCCCGCCUUUGGAAACGUUAUGAAGGAUCUGUACCCCUUUUUGUAUAACCGUGGAAUUCUGAACUUUGAGGACUACGAUGUCUGAUUUGUUGUGCGGCAAUAAAAAAGUGGGAAGUAUUAC